AUGCCCCGUCAGAAGCGUCAAUAUGUACCCAAGGUGAAAGGUUGCUAUGAAUGUUCUCAGCGUCGGAUUCAUUGCGACCGGGCAGAGCCGAUCUGCGGCAAGUGUGUGUCCCGAGGCAUACCCUGCAGCGGGCUGGGAAUUCGCUAUCGAUUCAAUGAUGGCGAAACCCCGAGUAAGAUAGAAUGGGGACGCAAGCGGCUCCUUCGUAGGAGACAAGGGGGUGAUCCCCCACUGCGGAAGGCGAAUCGACUCGUGGCCGCUGGCUCUGAUGUAUCGGAAACAUCUACCGACGACGAGGCAAUGACUACCAUGCGUCCUCGAAGUCUUCCUAUAGUUGAUCCCGGCAAUGAGUUUCUGUUGACAUAUUUCUCUCACCACGUUGCCCCUCACAUGGUCGUCAUGGACAACAAGUACAAUGGAUGGCGGUCGCUCAUUCUGCCUCUUGCGCUAUCCGACCAAACCGUCUUGGACGCUGUUCUGGCGGUGUCGGCCUUUCACCUCUCCCAUCAGGGGAGGAGCGGGCCAAUGGUGGGACCGGACAAACUCUAUAUGCAGGCCAUUGUAGGGCUACAGAAACGAAGUUGUCUGGAUGAAUAUGACAUGCUCACCCGGCAGUCUGUAUUUGUGGUGAUUCUCACCCUCUUAGUCGGGGUGAUGGUCAAUGACAGUUCCGAUUUCCCCAUCCUGUUCCACAUGCUCCAGUCUGCGUUCGACACGGUCGGGGGUGAACGUGGGCUGGGAAACGGCGACAUGGCCGAUUUCUUACGACAGCAAAUCCGCAAAACGCGUGUCUACGCGGCCCCACUGCUGAGUCUGGAGUUCGGGGUAUCGAGCAUCGUGUCGUAUGCCCUAGACAGCUUCGACUACUUGCAUUACAACAGCCGCUUCCACCCCGACGACUCACGGACAUUCUCGGCCAUUGCUGAGCUGCAACAACAGGCAUAUGACAUCUAUCUCCAGCGCGCCCUCCUUGGUCCUCGGGCUACAGUUGACUGCGAAAAGAUCGAGAGAUUCAAACGGUCGUUGGAAUUAUUUUCGGUGGGAUCAUUCGGCGAGCAUGCCCUGGUGUGGCCCACACUCAUGGCUGCGUCCGAGAGCUCGCAGCAAGAACAUCGUCUUUUCUUCAAGCACUUUCUCGAGAGGCAAUAUCGCAGUACUGGUUUUCUGAAUUUGCUGAAAGCCUUGACGUUCCUGGAGGAGAUAUGGGCACAAAGCAACACCCAUUGGCCUGCACUUCUCCCAGAACCACGAGUAUUGAUCAUGUAG